GUCAAAAAGAUUAUCUAUACCCAGAAAAUUUUGUUCUCUGUCUACAUUACCAUUAUCUAUGAUAUUACCUCCGCUGCAAAUACUUUUUCAUUGCACUAUUUUCUCCAAUUGUACGACGCUUUUUCCACUUAGCUUCCUUCAUAUAAAUUGCUACUGAUUCUGCUAAACAGCAUUCGAGUUGCAGCAACGUCUUACACAUAUGUACAUCUGUGGAGAAUAUUACUACUACUAGCACGUGUUCAAGCUGCAUAUUGUCAUGGAGAGAAUAACUGCGGCAUUGGACGUACUUUUAAGGGAAGCAGAUGAGCUGUGCAUUGGAACAGAAGUGACUGAACUAGAUCAAGUACCGGAACCGGUAGAAUUUGCGCGGAAUUUCUAUGCCAAAAGCCAACCCGUAGUGAUACGUAAUGCCAUCAAGCAUUGGCCAGCGGUACAUAAGUGGAAACCAGCCUAUUUAGAGCAGGUGCUUGAUAAGAAAGUAUUAGAUGUGACUUCAACGCCCAAUGGUUACGCGGACGGCUUGGCAAAACAAGAUGGUAUUGAGUAUUUUGUGCUACCUCUUGAAGAGAAGAUGUGUAUGAAAGAAUUCCUACAAAAGCUAGAUGAUCCCACUGGUGCUAUAUAUUAUAUUCAAAAGCAGAAUUCAAAUUUCACAACUGAUUUCCCAGAGUUAGCUAAAGAUAUUGAUGUGCGCGAUUUGAAAUUUGCUGAACAGUGUUUGAAUACUCCACCGUUGGUAAAUUUUUGGAUGGGUGAUGAACGUGCCGUCACCUCUAUGCACAAAGACCCAUUUGAUAAUUUGUAUUGUGUCAUCUCUGGACAUAAGGACUUUAUAUUGUUACCACCGCACCAAGUUGUAAAUAUACCACGACAAUUGUACCCUGUCGGACAAUAUAGACGUAAUCAAUCGGGCCAGUUUUACAUUGAACCUGCUGAGACAAACGAAACAAAACAGAUGCAAACGGAAUGGAUAAGCAUUGAUCCAUUAGCACCAGAUUUGAGCAAAUACCCACAAUUUGCACGUACCCAACCACUACAUGUGCAAGUGAAUGCCGGUGAUGUUUUGUUCUUGCCCAAUUUUUGGUUUCAUCAUGUACAGCAGAGUCACAAGUGUAUAGCCGUUAAUUUUUGGUAUGACAUGGAGUUCGACAAUCGGUACUGUUUUUACCGUAUGCUGGAAAAGCUUGUGGAAAUAAAUCCAAAUUAGUUUUAAGCUGAAUUCUACAUUUUAUUAAUUAAUAUUAUUUUCAAGGAUAUUUUCAAAUUUCAUAUAUUUUAAAUGUAUAUUCAAAUAUAAAACUUUCACUAUAUAUGUAGAUCGAAGCGAAUGCAUCUUGUGAAAAUAUGUUUCAAUGUAUGUCUACUUAAAAAAGUAAAAUUAUGGGUAAAACUAGAGUAACCCAUUUCAUCUUUUUAACGCAUAGAAGCCGACGAAACUUGAAUUUAUAAGGCGGGCUAAGCGAUUUUCUAUGCCAAUGACAGUAACCCAUAUUCUUAAAACCCUUUUUGUGGUUUUGACCGAGCUUCUCCUCCUCCGGUGUGCGUAUCAAUUGUAUUCCACAAAUGGAAGGACCUACAGUUUUAAGCCGACUCCGAACGAGGAAUGUUUCUUAUGAGGAGCUUUUUCAUGGCACAAGUUACACUCGGAGGCUUGCCAUUGCCUGCAGAGCGACGGCUAUUAGGAAAAAUCUGGUGUUUCAUACACGGAGAUUCGAACCUACGCAUUUCCGAAUGGUGGUAACACAUCAAUCAUUCGAUUACGGCGGCCGAAUGUAAUGUCGAAAGACCAUACCAUAAAAUCGAGUUUGCUUUUUAGACUUUUUUGAAUUUUUUAACCCAUUAUUGUUUGACACUAUUUUGUGUUGAUCUCUUCAACAAAUUUAUUACUGUUUUUCGAGUUUUCUAGUUUACCUUCUUGUUAAAUUUAUUGGAAAUUUAGAUGACAUGCAAUUAAUAAUAAUUAUAUUAAUCACAAUAAUUUCCACUAAUUUUUAAUUAUAAUACGCCCGCUCUUUGAAAAAGACUAUUCACUAUAAAUACAUCCAAGUGGUAGCUAACCUUGGAAGAGCCAAUAGUUUCUUAAGAAAUAAUAUGUAAAAAUCUAAAUCCUUUAUUUGAAGCUUGUGUGAACUGACAGCCUUUCAACGCCUAUACCCUCGUUACGUCUCAAUUUGUACAAAGGUUUAUCAUCCCAUAUAACAUACAUACGUAAUUGUGGAACCAGUUUGUUUUUUUCUUUUUCUUUUUAAGUAAAAAAAUACUAACUACAUUCAAUGAUUGUAACCAUAAUUACAAAAAAUUAUAGCAAAUACAAAAAUUUUGAUUAAUUUUUUUGUUGUUGUUUAAGUUACUUAAAACGUAAUACAAACAAAUGUUUAUUGUAGUUACUAAUAAAUAAAGUUCUGCUGACGUUGACACUCUUUCAUUGCGAUUGAUGUUAUUUUUGUUGAUUGAUACAAUUGGUACAAUAGCGCAGCAGAAGGAAGAAAUGCAUUUGCACAAAAAUAAGAAUGUUCCGUUGCAUUUUUGUUUUGACAAAAAAUCUAUUAACAUGUUUUGUUUUAAUGGUGGUAAUGUGAAUGUUAUCUUGUUGCUUCUGAUUGCUGCUGUUCGUAUAAUUUUAAAUUUAAAUUAAUGUAAACAUUUACAAUUCAUCCUUCGGGUGUUCUUCGGAUUUCUCUUCAA